AUGACGUCAACUAGAAUUAGUGGGACAGGUUAUGGGUACUAUAAGCUUAGCCGAGGCGAUAAAUUGGCAACUAUAGGCGGGUGCCGGGAAGCCGGCCCUGGCCCAGAUAUGGGCGCCACUGCUCAGGCCGCACUCUACAGUACUCAGUCACGUGCGGAGCAUCUCAGGUUGAAGCGGCGAGCCUCAGGGCCACGCUCAGGUCCAAAGAUGGAAAUGGAAAGUCCUCGUGUCGAGAUUCCGACCUCGAAAUACUUGUUUUACAUCGCCAUCUCAAACGAUAAAGUGGGUAUUGUCGAGUUUCUUGUUGAGGAAAAGCUCGCACAGAUUGCGGGGACCAACAAAAAGUACCCUCAUGAUACGCCGCUACACUGCGCCGCCCGGAAUGGAUCCAUCAAAGUCGCAAGCUACCUUGUCGAAAAAGCUCGGGGUUUGAUCAACGCAAGGAAUGACGAGGGAGAUGCCCCUCUGUCAUUGGCAGUGAGAGAGAAACACCGUGAUCCGGCAGUGAGAGAGAAACAACGUAGUGUGGCUGAACUUUUGCUGAAUCACAAGGCCGACAUUAACUCCACCGACAGCAAUGGUCACACACUACUCCAUUAUGCCGUCAAAUGCGAAAGCCCAGACUUCGUUAGGACUUUACUCAGCCACGGAUGUAAGAUGGAGACGAAGGAUCACGCUGGCAAAUAUCCGCUACAAUAUGUUAUGGAGAUGCACUCGUCGAAAGAAGCAUCAUCCUUGGAGCUGUUGCGCGCAUUUCUGCAUGACAAUAAAAAUCAAGCAUCGUUGCGCGCGGGUUUUCCUGUGUUGUCCAAGGCCAGCCGCGAUGGAAAGCUGGUAUUGGUCGAAGCAAUGAUCCAGAGCCACUCCAAUCUCGUGUCGUGGAAACCACAGCCGCCCUUUGACAGCAAAUUCAAACCGGCACUGCACGAAGCGGUCAAAAACGGCCAAGAAGAAGUCCUCAAGAAGUUGUGCAAGGUGGCAAGCCUCGAUGCCAUCAACAUGAAGGACAGCACAGGUAAUACUGCCUUGCACCAGGCCAUCAUCAGCAACCAGCCAGGUAUGGUGUCUCUCUUGAUCGACGCUAAGGCCGAUAUGGAGCUUGCGUCUGGUAAAGCUGAUGGGUUGUUGCCUCCGCUGCACCUUGCAGUUCACCACAUGAAUUUGAUGGCCAUCAAGGCACUUUUGGGCCAAAAGGUAGAUGCGAGAACGCGCAUACCCGGGAAUCCAGUCUGCAACUAUUGUACCUCGGUGAGAAACCCGCCACAGAGUAGGGAUGCCAGAUGUAUCCUCUACAGCGUGGACCCUCGCCAGUCACACCCCGAUUUCCACGUGAUUGAUGACUUGCUAUCAAAAGCCACCAAAACACCCAGAAGACCGCAGGUGGUGGGCAACCAGACAAUGGUGCCUAGGAGGCCCGCAGCCUUGUUGAAAUAA